AUGGCCGGCCCUUCGAAUCUUCAUCUGGACCCCGCCCUCCAGAAAUACUAUGAUGCGAAUAAAAACAGAUACAAGUACUUCCGGUGGACGCCCAGAACAGCCUGGCUUUCGUUUUGCUACAUGGCCCUCGUGCCCGGAAUCAUUGGAUACAUUGGUUACAAGACAGAUGUGAGUCUCGUGGUUCUUUGGCUGAAGAUAGCAAUCGAGCUGAAUUCUAGUCAAUCCAACCCCGUGUGCUGA